UUUUGACAAUUGAAGGCUAAUUGUUUUUAUUUUCCAAUUUGUAAAAUGAUUUACUAGUUUUUUUUUUUAAUUUCAUCAUUAUAAAUCUGGGCAAUGACUACAAUAAACACUCGAGCCAAAUCUCCAACCAGAGCUGAGGCUAUAGCCAAAGCUUUGAAACCUGGUCCGGUUUUCUGUACUGGAGUACUCCUGGGUAACUGGGUUGAAGAUAGAAUCGAAUGUCCGAGAGGCGGUACCUUUUAUUUUCCACCCAAGGAACACGCAGACUAUGAAAAACUGAAACCUGAAUCAAGGCAGCCUGAUUUUCGAUUAAAUAAAUUAAACAGCCUCCAGGGUUAUGUCCAAUCAGUUAUUAGACACGACAGUCAUGAUUCGUGUGGGAACUUCGCAACUACGACCGACUUGGUGUACAAGCAUCUCCCGAAGCCACUCUGUGGACCCGACAUGCGUUAUUACAAGCGAAGCGCACAUCAGUUUUACCCUCAACCGGAUCUUAUGAAAUGUUUCGGUAACGUAACCGAAUGGGGACUGAAAGAGUAUCUAGAACACGAGUGGGCUUGCACAGCCGUGUCGGACUAUAUCUCCACUCUAUACGAGGACACUUAUGUUCCGCCACAACCACACCAAUAUUUACAGAGAUGUGAAAGGAAAGCGAGGAAUUCGAGCUUCACAAAAAGUUUUCACUAUAAGAUGACAAAAUCAAAACAAUGAUAACAUCAAGAAUCAUUUUUCUUCACUUUUUGCAAAAAAUUACUAGUCUUUAAAUAUCACAUUUUGUUCAUGAAGGACAGGACAGUGACGUCC